AUGCCGCCCCCACGGAUAGCGCCAUUAUGCGCGAGGCAACUACGGCCAACAAUCUUGCCUUCACAUCGACCAUGCCUCCUCCGCCAACACCUCCCAGCAGCUUCCUCCAUCCCCUCCGCCCACAACUUCAGCACUUCCCGUCCCCACCUCGACUGGCUGCUCCCGCGCUCCGGUGCCAACAAAAAAGACCGCAAAGGCCGACCACGCGUCCCCACCGGGGGCUCCACCCGCGGCACGACCGUAGUAUGGGGUGACUAUGGGCUCCGAAUGCGCGACCACGACCGGCGUAUCUCGGCCGCACAGCUCAAGAUCGGAGAAGACACGAUCCGGAAGCGACUCAGGGGCUUCAAGUUCCGGCUGUACAUGCGGAUCAGCGCGAACAUCGGGGUGUACACGUCCGGCAACGAGGUGCGCAUGGGGAAGGGGAAGGGGAGUUUCGACUACUGGGCGAGUAGGGUGGCGGUUAGUAAGGUUAUUUUUGAGCUCAAGGGGGAUUUGCAUGAGCAGAUUGUCAGGGAUGCGUUUCGGUUGGCGGGGAACAAGCUGCCUGGGCUGUAUGAGUUUGUGAAGAAGGGCGACCCGCCUGUGAUGGGCAUAACGAAGCUGGGCAAUGGCGUCACGGAGGAGAGUUUGAAGAGGCCGAGGCGGGAGCUCCCUCCGCCUAAUCUAGUGGAGACCGCAAGCCGGCUUCCUGCCGCGGCGUAG